CAGCUCUUUAUUGCCUGAGCAGUCUGAGGCUUGCUUCGUCACUUGGCUUUGCUUCGGAGCACUCCUGUAGAGCUCUCUGAAUUGCACAGUGAAGAUCCACCCUUUUGGUGGCCAAGUGACAAGAACCCAAACUCAGACCUGACUUUUCUGAAAGCCUCGGCCUUCUGCCAGACCUGGGAUAAUGGACGUCAAAGACCGGCGACACCGCUCUCUGACCAGGGGGCGGUGUGGCAAAGAGUGCCGCUACACCAGCUCUUCCCUGGACAGUGAGGACUGCCGAGUGCCCACGCAGAAGUCCUACAGCUCCAGCGAGACUCUGAAGGCCUAUGACCACGACAGCAGGAUGCAUUAUGGAAACCGGGUCACGGACCUCGUGCACCGGGAGUCAGAUGAGUUUCCAAGACAAGGAACUAACUUCACCCUUGCGGAACUGGGAAUCUGUGAGCCCUCCCCGCACCGAAGUGGCUAUUGUUCCGACAUGGGGAUCCUUCACCAGGGCUAUUCGCUGAGCACAGGGUCUGACGCCGACUCCGAUACAGAGGGAGGGAUGUCUCCAGAACAUGCCAUCCGAUUAUGGGGGAGAGGGCUCAAAUCCAGGCGCAGUUCCGGCCUGUCCAGCCGUGAGAAUUCAGCCCUUACCUUGACUGAUUCUGACAACGAAAAUAAGUCAGAUGAUGAGAACGGUAGGACCGCUUCUUAAAUAUGUUUCAAUGUUCUGGGUACCGUGCAACGUGGGGGCUCGGGAUGUUUUUGUUUUUUAAUAAA